ACGGGCGUACCGCAGCACGCGGCGCUCAGGAGCCCCUCCUACCCCGCGCAACGAAUGUCAUCCCUAUGUUCAGGUCAGAGCGGUUCCAAUGGCUGCCUUCGGAGUUUCAUGUCGAGGAGGAUGGCACUGUCCGCUUGGCACUCACGGACAUCAUCCCGAAAGUGAUGGAGAAGGCCGUGCUGAUGUAUGAGCGGGUAUUGUCUGACCUUGCGAGGGAGACGCAAGUCCCCACGCGCCUGGACCUCCAGGGGCACAAGUUCCCGCAGUGCGUCUGGCCAGAUGAAUACGAACCCGGCCCAGAUGAGGAGACUUACAGUGGCUACAUGACGGAACACACCCGGCUGCAGGCGGAGGACCGCAAACGAUGGGAAGCGGACGAAGAGAAGUUUUACGAAGACAGCCGCAAAGCCUUCCUGGACACUCACUCCAGCGUAGACGGUUGGCGAGCCCCGCCAUACCCCGAUUACCAGGAGGUCGACCAUUACGGACGAUUCGAGCAAGAGUACCUGGAUGCAGCGGCGGACACCAACUGUGAACUUACGGGGAAGACGCUCCAAGUGAUUGUGAAGCUCGCUAACAUUGUCCUAACACCUGAGAAGCCUGUAUACGGAGGCGGGACAUGGCACGUCGAAGGCAAGUCGCGCCAUCGAACAAUUCAAUUGCAUAUCAUCGACUCCUUCCGCAACGCCGUGAACGAGCCGCGUUACCACGAGCAAAACGACAUCUACUGUAUGCGUCAUCUCUACGGGAUCAUACAUUUCGAGCAGUGCGUACAAGUCGUCGGGCAAGUCACCACCAAGCAGGAUCGGUGCAUCGCCUUCCCGAACCUCUAUCAGCACCUUGUCUCGCCGUUCCGCCUCAUUGACCCAACCAAGCCGGGGCAUCGCAAGAUCCUCGUCUUCUUCCUCGUCGACCCGAACAUCACCAUUCCGUCUGCGACAACGGUGGGUCCGCAGCAGGAGGCGUGGAUUCGCCGCGCAGCGGAGAGCAAGGAUCUGUGGCGGAGGCUCCCAGUCGAGUUGCAUGAGAUGAUCUGGGAGCGGCUCGAUCCGAUGACGGAGGAACAGGCGAAGAAAUACCGGGAGGAGCUGAUGAAGGAGCGGACACUGAACGUCCAGACUGUUGAAGAACAGCGGUUCGGGCGCUCGUUCAACCUCUGUGAACACUGAGGAGCUCGAAUGUAACGGACGAGGUGCAGAAACUGUGUAGUUCGAUGCGAGGACUCGGAGGGGUUUGGAAUCGGUCGCGGCUGCACAAUCCUUUGCAAUGCUCCCUCAUCUGUCUAAUCCAAUACAUCUGAUCCGAGUGCUCAAACUAGACAGCCUCGCUGCAAAUAUUAUAGGACGCAGGAUCUGAGCCCUACAAUCGCGGACGACCGACCGACUUAUAGCGUCUGUCAACUUCGUAGUCAGGUUGUAUCUUGUCAAAUGUCUUCUGCUUUCGCCGCUCGAGUUCGUCAGUGAAUCAUGUAUGUUAGCAUGCUGUUGAUAGGUGUGUGCACCUGACAAGUGUUGAGCCAGAACGGUUAGCUGCAAAC